GUGCAGAGCUUGGACUACGCCUGCAACGCGGCGGCUGACAGCUCGAAGGCGAUGCUGCUGGGGCGCAUGCAGGACCUUUUCAAGACCGUGAAGUUGCACUUCAAAGCCCUCUCCGAUAAGAUCGUGGCGCAGGGGUUCAACAUCUCGCUGGUCGAUUACCUGGAGUCCCUCAGCUCUCAGGGGAGCUCGCUGCCAACUGGCGGGCACCGUGCGGCGCUGGCAGCGGCGAUCCAGGUGCCCACUGCGAAGACGAUGUGCCGCGACUUCCGCUGGUUCGUCGACAAGUGCGCGCCGCUGUUCCAGAUGGCCAACGACGCCCUCGAGGCUGGAAUGGCGUGGGACUCCGACCCGACGUUCGUGGGUGCCGGCAUGCUCUCGGGAUCGAUGACGUGCAUGCAGUCGCUGCUCGGCUCGCAGGAUACCGAGUCCAUGGCCAAGACGCUGCGAAGCCUUCAGUCCGUCCUGCCGGCGAAGCACAUGGCCCCCCACUCGUGCGCGACGGCCAGCAUCAACGCGGUCCUGGCCCAGGACUGCCUCGCAAAGUCGGCUGAGAGGCCGGCGGGUGGCCCCGAGCCGAAGCGGCGCAAGGGCGGUGGCAAGCAGCAGGCAGCCGCCGCCGCGGCGCCGGCCUAG